AUGGAUUCACAGGAUCUUCCACCGGACUCACCCGGCACCUCGUCCGACGGAGAGGCUGUCGCCUUUGACGGUGUAGAGGCCAAGACCAAUGUACUUGCCAGAAAUUUGGCGUGUCAUCAGUGUCGAAAGCGGAAAAUGAAAUGCGAUGGUGUACGCCCUACGUGCGCGAAUUGUCAAAAGCCUCGGGCGAGAUUGAUGCCUGGUCAUCCUCCCAUACCCUGUACCUGGGAUUCCGAGGAACAGAUCAAGCAAAAGAAGAAGAAAGGAUCUGCCAAGGAUGAACAGGGGACCGGGAAGGGAAUCAGUAAGAGGGCCAGAAUCAACCAAUUGGAGGAGCGUCUGGCGAAAUUCGAAAAGAUGUUUCCGAACUCAAAUUUGAAUGAUCCCACUCAGAUCCUGGUGAACAGUGGCCCUUCCACCGGUACUGGUCUCGGUCCUCUCUCGAGUGGCUCGUUAUACGUGACGGAGGAUCCAUUCGCAAGUUGGGCUCCAAAUGAUCCCCUAGGAGAAUGGGCACGAGGAGCGAAUCCCUAUGCUGGACUGCAUCCUGAUGCGUCGAGCCAGCCGAAUCAAGGCUUCAACGCGUUCCCCGCCCCUGGAUUUACGGGAGAGUUAUCAUGGCCAGACUGGCCUCGAGAUUUACCAAGUUUGGACGUGGUCGAGCACUGCGUUGCCACCUUCUUCGACAAGAUUCCUCUAUUGCCAUUGAUGAUUCACCGACCAUCUUUCAUGACUAAACUUCAACUGCCUCCCUCGCACCCCGAGUUUCCUCCUCAGGCUCUAAUUCACGCCAUGCUCGCCAUGGCCUCGGCAUAUAUCCCCGAGAGCAGUCUGGCGAAAAGGGCCUACUACCCCACUGGAACACCCUGGUUCACCAAUAAGCAUCCAGAGGUUGAUCUGGAAGAGGAUCCAGAGUUGGUCCGGACUUUUCAGCAACAAAUACAAUUUAGUUCCUCCAAUGCCUACAGCAAUCAGGACACUGCCCAAGGCAGAUUCAAAUCUUGGCAUCGCCGCAAGACAUUCGUGUUCUUGCAGAAACAACUUACCACUGGCAAACGAUUGGUCCAAGCAGUCCAAGCCCAAGUCAUCGUUGCCACAAUGUCACAAUACACAGGACUCUGGGUGGACGCCUGGUUCGAGAUCGGAAUCGCAAUGCGUAUGAUUCCGCCAAUGCGCCUCUCAAGGCGACCAGACGUCAAAGACGCUUACCAUCGAUGGGGACACUCCAUCAUGCCGCUAGCCACGGACGAAAUGGACCAAGCGGAGCGUGACAGGACCUUUUGGGUCACAUAUUGCCUGGAUUGUUCGACUGCUCAUAUGACAGGCAGCGCUGAGAGUAUAGCUCCGGCAGAAAUCACCGUCGAUCUACCUGUUACCCAAGCGCUGUACGAUAGAGCAUCAGGAGGGCUGAUUGGGAUACAAUCACUACAUUCGCCGGAAGUCAUCACGCAUCACCCUCCUGAGCACUGUGAUAGUUUCAGCUUCUUCGUCAAGGCGAUGUACCUCUUCUCCGAGGUACAUCGUUUCUUCAGAGUAUACGGUGGUGAAGGCCACUCCAUACCGAGGUUCCUCAAUCACCCACUUCUUCGAAAAUGCGUUUCGGACAUCAAUGCAUUUCGUAACAGCAUACCAUUCCACCUUCGUCGUCCGACGCGAACCUCCAGGAAUGGUGAAAGCCAGGCUCCAGCGGCCUUUGAUACUUUGAUGCUGGCCACCAAUAUGGUCAUAAAUUCCGCGGUCAUGGCAUUGGGUGAACCCCUCAUGACGCCAGAGAACUGGAACUCCGAAUUUGCGAAAUUAGCCUUGGCAUCUGUUCGCUCCAACCUCUCCCUGCUAUACGACAUCAACGCCACCAGUUAUGAUUUAACAUUGUUGCCCACACCUUGUGCCUUCUCCUUCACCCUUUCCUGUCGAGCACUUUCUCGUUUCAUUCAAGCUGCCACUCAGAGUGGCGAUAAAAUCUCAGCCAUGAUCUUCAGGACGGAAUGCGAAGUUUUCAGGCACGCAUUAUUGCAGUAUGGCGAGAGGUGGAUUCUCGCCGAUAGACUUCUAGCCAUGGUGGAUGUCGUGCUCGAUUCGCAAGGCAUGAGCGCUUCGGCGGAAUUCGCUGAUGGCAUCUCGUGCCGCCAUGAAGUCGCAUUUGACCCCGCCAUGCAGGAAUCAGUACGAAACGAGAGCAGCUGGGGAACUCGCAUCAGAAACAGCUCGGCAGUCAGCUCGAUAUCGAGCGCGACCACACCUGCUUCCUCUACUGGAGUGGGUCCGGCUAUCAAAGACGUCGCUCCUGGAGUUUUGUCGGUCAAUGUGUCUCCCGUCGCAAAAUCAAAUCGGCCACCUCAGGAUGCGUAUGGUCAUCUUCAGCAUGCGAGCAUAAGCAGUGAUUUGGGAAAUAUCGGUCUGCAGCAACCGAACAGCACCCUCGAUAAUUCCCUCUCGGCACCUGUGGAAUGGCCGCAAGGUUCAAAUCCAGCAACUCUGGCUGGGAGUAUACCUCAGGUCGUGGAUCCGAUCCAUCUCGCCACUGCUUCGAGCUACGCCGAACCCCCUGUGAGACGAAUGUCAAGGAUGGACUUGGGCCCUAACUUUAUACCUGCUGCUGUCCAAGGUUUCCAAGGUACAGAAAUGUUGACUGGGGACAGCGAGACGAAUAUAUCUAGCUUGUCAAGUCAUCUCGGCGUCAAUAUUGGUGAUUGGCUUGACAUUCAGAAUUACGCUUUCGACGUGGAUAGCCUUGCGCAGAAUUUCCAGAGCCCAGGGGGUUCAUCGUGGGCGUAG